AUGAUCGCAUGCUUGGGGCCCCGCAGGCUGCCCGUGGGGUGGCGCUCAUGCUCGUUCGCUUUCUUGGCUGGCUCUUCGCUAACAUCAAGUAUAAGGACACACAAAGCACUUCUCUGCAUCAACGCGUGGGGCGUCGCACUGAGGGGUCUCUGUGGACAGGCAGACGGUUGCAGAGGUAUCUCCAAGUCGAAUGUCGAUGAGCGCUGGCCGGUAGCUCAGCAUUUAGGCUCUGCAGCAACGGAGGUCUCACCAAUCUCUGUUGUCAUUAUUGGGACUGAUCACUGUACUUUGUGCUCUAAGGCAGUACUUUCCGUCCGCAGGAUCAUAGCAGCCCUGAGCCCGCCACUUACAUUCAACGGCAAUCAUUCUGGACAAUCAUCCGUCAAUCAGCCCUUGCUUGGACCUGUCCAAGUAGCACAGAGGCUCAAGUGCCAAAUCCAGAAAGAAGGACUACAGUACAGUGGUGCCGUUGCCGCAUGCAAGGUCGAUUCGGCUACUGCAACCCAGCAGGCCGGGCUUACUGCUACUGCCAAGGCAAAUAAAGAAGUAACGGGCUUCCAGUCCAAGCAGCACCAGUGUUGUUCUGGAUGCUUGGAGUGCACAAAGCAAAGAGUUGUGGAAGCUAGAGGCGGUGAGCAAGUGCUUGUGAAGAAGCUGAGCCUGGAUUGCCCGGUGUCGCGGGAGCAACUGGGCCUCUCUGAAGGGGAUGCGCGCAAACUCAGAAGAGAAGUGCCGAUCAUUCUGGUGGGUGGGAAACCGGUGUGCCGACUGAAGUUUAAUGGCCCGUCCGUGCGCUCAGCGUUGCUUAAGGAACUAGGGAGACGGGGUGAACUUCAACGCAACUCAACGGACAACUGUGACCGCCUCCAGCCUCAGCAGUGA